AUGACGAACAGAAUAACGGGAGAGCAGAGGCGCGAGAUUAAAGCCUCACCGCCGUUGGGUAUGACGUUACGAGAAAAGCACGAUUUCAAUUUCUACGACCACUACGUGGACCGGAUCCUGGAUGAGCAUUUUCUACAUUUCACCCAGAUCUGUUACGAGGAUGAAGCCAAUGACUUCCAAGUCCGCUUGCUGCGAAUGAUGCACGAACUCGCUCCUUCGAAGAUUGAAGCCUCUAAGCGCUUACUGUUGAGAGAGCUCCGAGAGGUUCUACGCCUCACAAUCAUUACCUAUAUCAUGAGCCAUGCCUUCAGUAUCGUGGAGGAGGAGCAGCAAGCCGUUCUCUCCCAGCUUCGCUAUCAGUCCGAUAGCUACCAGAGGUUCUGCACGCCGCGGAUGACCAACAGGCAGAUCAAGCACUUCUACGCAGAGAUGCAUAGCAUUGUGCUAAACCGUGUGCUGAAGCAGCUGCAGAAGAUACUCCACGAAAGCAGCAGGGAUUGCUCCAAGUGGAUCUCUGCCUUCUGCGCCAUUUUGGGUCUUGCUAUGGCUCUAGAAGAUACGCAGAAGACCAUCCAUGACUUCUUCGACUCCGGCAUGGCGUCGAGCGAGUGCAGCAAGGAGGAAGAGCUGGACUUGAAGUGGCAGGGCGAAGAACUCUGCCGCGCUAUCGAUGACCGAUUUAUGUUCAUUAUGACACUGUUCCGAUUGAAGUAUAACCGGACUUCGAACCCAUUGCGCGACGACAACGAAGACUGGGAAACGAAGCUGAAAGAUCAGCGUACUUCCAGGUUCGUUAGGAACGUCAGUUCACUGGUAAAAGAAAAAUUCGACUUCCUCCUCGAGCGCCAGCAUGUCAAUAUUGCAGUCGACAACAGAGGCAGAUAUACGUCCCGUCUUGCGGCGCGCUUCUUGCUUUCGUUCUGGCCCCCGUCUUGA